CUCAAGCACUCGACUACUACAGCCAUGCGUUCCUUGUCAGUGAUGUUGGUGGUGGUGAUGGCUGGUGUUUGCUACGCUGGACUACUUGGUGGCGGUUUUCUGCCACUUGGUUUGGGUCUUGGUGGACUUGGUGGAUACGGCGGGGGUUUGAAAGGUUUAGGUGGUUAUGGUGGCCUUGGUGGAGGAUAUGGUGGCGGUUUUGGUGGUCAGGGAGGACACACUUUCGUGCUGAGCAAGAGUUAUGGAAGCGCUGGAGGAUUUGGCCUCGGCGGAAAACUUGGAUUUGGAAAAGGGGGUGGAUACGGUGGAUUUGGAAAUGGUUACGGCGGAUUUGGCAAAGGUGGUCUAGGUGGACUUGGCUUCGGUGGGUAUAGUGGAUUUGUCCAUCUUGCUUAGUGUCUUUACAUAUAUUUUUAAAUGUUUUAUAAGUAGCAUGAACAAGAACAUGUUUUAUAAGUAACAUGAAGAACAUAAGUGUUUUAUAAGUAACAUGAAGACCACAAAUAUUUGAUAAGUAUCAUGAAGAACAUAACUGUUUUAUAAGUAACAUGAACAAUAACGUAAAUGGUUUAUAAGUAACAUGAAUAAGAACAUAAAUGUUUUAGAAGUAACAGGAACAAGACCAUAAACGUUUAAUACGUAACAUGAACUAGAAGAUGGAUUAUAAUGUGACUCACUGUGGCAUCUACU